GACACUUCCCUUCUGUGAUAAAGACAGACAGGGAGAAGAAGCUUUAUAGGCAGCACGUCCAGUUUUUCAUGAGGAGGUUUUAAUGGGAACAGUCUUGGUGCUAAACCACGGAGGUCCCUCUAUUUCUACCAUCUCUACAUAGACUAAAAGUCACACAAUCCUCUGCACUCCCAGGGCACAUGGAGCACCAGUAACCAGAAGGCAGUGAGUUAUUGGAAGACAAUAUGAGUGAUCUUGUGACUCCCACAGCAGCAGUGCUUCCCAAACAUAUUCUUGAUGUCUGGGUGAUUAUCCUAAUAAUACUGGCAACCAUCCUGGUUAUGAGUUCAUUGUUGCUAUUACCAGCAGCAGCCGUGAUUAUCUAUAGAGUACGAACACACCCAAUACGAACCACAAGAUAGUGAUGUGGAUCCAUCAUGGAGCAGCCAAUGCUUCAUGUUUCUCCAUCAAGAUCAUGAUCACAUGCUCACACAGAGAGGACAUAUGUGACUUUCAAAAGAAUUGGACUUCUUCAUAGAAGAAUAAACUAUUGUCCGGACCCACUUUAUGUUGCAGAAGACAAUUGGUUACAAUGGAUCCAUUGGUUAACAAACCUGGAAUAUAAUGGCUGUCACUGUGAUGUCCUACAUGGUUUGGACAGUAUUUCACCAACAAGUUGUACAAUUUCAGCUUCUGUCUGUAAAUGAGCAAUGAAACCAGUGUGCCAACGAGGAGAGUUCAUUGUCCGGUCUUGAAUGUAGAGUAUACAGAGUAUUACAUGGCAUAAUUAUCUGGCAUGCUAUCUAUAGUCAGGAGCAUGUUCAAAUUAUGAUGAGCAAACAGUUUAUCACCAUAACUGACUGUUCCAUUUUAAUAUAGCUUUAUUUUACAAAGAUAUGACAGAGGGCCGAGUUCCUGCCAGAAAGAUUCACCGUAGAGCUUUGUAAUGUUUGCAGCACUGGAUUAUAAUAAAGAGGUUGAGAUGCAAUAUAAAUAGCACAGUAAUUUAUUGUUGAAUUCUGACAUUUGUAAAGUAAUUAGCUUUUUCAUACAUAACAGCUGAAUCCCAAUAAACUAGUAACCAACUGA